UGACACGUCCACUUCACUGUACUGUGAGGAGGACGAAGCAUCUAGAGAACUGUAAGUCUACAGAUUGAUCCACCACGAUGAAGAUGGUUCUGACUCUCACUCUCAUCUGGAUUCUCUCCAGCACAACUGAAGCUCUUCAAUGUCUUGUGCAGAAUCAUGAAUCAGACAACAUUCGUUAUGAGACGUGUUCCUCCCCUGAUCAGUUGUGCGCAACUACUGCCCAGCGAACUUUAGGCUGGGGUGGCAAAGAUUCUGUGUCCAGGGGCUGCCGGUUAUCCACUGACUGCACUACAAAGACAGUUUCACACACAGUUGGCUCAAUGAUUGCUGCUUCAUCUACUCGUUGCUGCAACACUGAUCUCUGCAACGAUCAUAAAGUUCCUUAUCCUGAUGUGACCACAAAAAAUGGCUUGCAGUGCAUCAGCUGCAUGGAACCUAAAGAUCCUGAAUGCAAACUGAUAGACUGUGUGGGUGAACAGGACCGGUGCUUUGAGUCAUUUCCAAAAGACAAAUACACCAGUCAUGUCCGCGGUUGUGCAUCAGCAGGAUUUUGUGAAGCUCUUUAUCAGAGUAGUCAAAUGAGUAAUUCUGUUUUCACCAGAGCACCAAUAUGUAAUUCAGCCUGGAAGGUCAAACUGAGCGUUGCCCCGUUGCUGCUUGGUCUCGUUGUCCUUGUCGUCCUUUAGAACCAGAGCUGAGAGACAAACUGAAAAGAUUUCACACAUACUCACACCAGCAAAUAAAAAACACUCCUCUGGAGCUACAAGAGAAGAAGUCUGUUAAAAGACACUUUCUUUACCUGAUGAAGCAGAUAAAACAUGUACAACAUUUAUAAGUAAGAAACAAAGUAAAAGUUUCCAUUAGAAAAUAAAUGUUGGUGAAUAUUUAAAUGAGUUCUAAUUAGAGAAAUGAACAUUUGACCAGUAAAUAACUUCCUGAUUAUUGCUGGUAGAGAAUCACUGACUGGUCACAGCUCAACAGUUAAUUAUAUUUUACUGUGUUCUGCUUUUCAGAGAAAUCCAGUCAUCUUUGUUCUGAUGUGUUCAGUGAAUUGUUGUUUUUUAGUGUUCUUUUCUCUCAGCUUGGUCACGAGCUAACAAUACUCAUACACUGUAUGUUAUGUGGCUUUUUGAACAGCAUUGUGUCUGUGAAGGUUCUCAGACAUUCAGGUCAUUGUCAUUGAACAGGCGUUAAAAAAGGCAACUCGACUUGUAGAGUUUUUUGAAGACCUUUCGUCCGAGUAGCUUCUUCAGUUCCAAGAGACAAGUGGGAAGUUGAGAUUUAAUGGAAAUUGGCGCUACCAGUUUCUGUUCUUACAGAGUCCCAAGUUUAGAAUGGGUUUUACCCACCUUAUUCAACACUUUUUUGUUUUCACCCACAGUUUCCUAUUUAAACUUCAACUUCCCUCCAGUCUCUUAAAAGUGAAACUACUCAGAUGAAACCUCUUCAAGAAACUCUACAAAUCCAGUUGCCUUUUUUAAACACCUUAUGGAUUUGAAAAACAUUGUGGUUCAAUGAAAUGUUCUGAAGGUUCAGUCUGUUUCCAGCAAGUUUUCCACCCUUCAUUUGGAUCACAUUUGUUGUUGUUGUUGCUCUAAUAAAGCUUUUACCAGUUGAUCUAUUAAA